AUGGACAAUGUAAACUUGAGGGAUAAGCAUAAAUCUAUGAAUAAUUACGAUGACAAAGCUGAACCUGAAGAAAUGGUAGAAGAAUGCUGUGGAACUACGACUGAGGUCGUAACCGAUACGAAAAACGAUUGUUCUUCAAAUUAUCAAUACAUAAGGAGCACAAAACAAUCAAGAAAUAUGCGGCGUCACAAUGGCUCAGCCAUUAGUUCAAUGAAACCGAUGUCAUCAAAUGCUGCACUUCAGGAUGAUUUUGAUAUGGAUUUGGAUCUAUAUGCAACCACAACUAUCUGCACCACUAUACGAGAUUCCAUUUUGUCUGACUUAAAUAUCGGCAUCACAACUGGCACAACUGACUUUCCACCAGAAACAACCGCACCGAUAUUCGAUUGCAUUGUGCCAGGUCUUUUUGCUGACCCAGCCAACUGCAAAGCGUAUUAUGAAUGCGAACCACGUGCCGAUGGAAGCGGUUUAUUUGCCCAACAUAAAUAUUGUGAUACAGGAAGGACAUUUAUACAAAAGUAUCACAAUUGCGUAUUAAAAGGUACAAUUCUUGAUGAAAGUACAGCAAAACGUAAAGAACAUGUAGCUGCUAAUGGGAAAUCAAAAGACAGUGCAAUAUUAGAAAAUGAUGACGAAGAACACUAUAGUGAAGAACAAUUAAAUAAAAAUAAACGAGAUGUCUAUGAUUAUAAUGUCCCAAAAGAUUCUUCGAAUUCAUACCGUGAGGUUCUCGAGAAAGCUCGCAAAUUGGUUAGUGAAUCACAGGAACUGGAUCAAGAAAAAUCACAAGCAAAUAAACCUAGGGCCGAUUCAACUAUUUAUGAUGAUAAUUCAUUUACAUGCACUGAAUCUGGAGAAAUGCCAGAUCCAUAUGAUGAAACUGUGUUUUAUAUAUGCCGCAAGAUGCGAGGAUCACCGGGGUACUAUACUACAAGAAUGAUUUGUCCGCCGAAUACGUCUUUUGAUCCAUUAAGAAGAAUAUGUUCAAGUACGCAGAAAAGAAAGAACGAGAUUCGAAGGGAAAAAAUUCGGAAGCGGAGGCAAAGCAUCAAUUUAGAAGAUAUACAAUCCAAAACUAGCGCAUUUGAUACUUUCAGUUGCGCUUCGGAGGGUAGAUUUCCGGACAAAUUGGAUAGAAAUUCAUAUUACUUAUGUUUCAAAAACGCAGGAAAAUUUAAUGCUAUGCAUAUGAAGUGUCCCAAUGAACAUUAUUUUAGUGGCUAUGACAAUUCAUGCUUGACAGCGAAAAUAAAUAUUUACUUUAUUGAUGAGAAAAAUGUAGUAUGGGAAAACUUAUCAAACAAACUUAAAUUAUUUCAUGUAAAUGAUGUUUUUAUUUGCCCACAGAAAUAG